AUGGUGUGCGCUGCUCGGCUGCGAUGGCUCUCGGACCAGCUGGCCCUUGGGAGGCAGUGCCGGCUGCGGGUGAACUCACACUGCGACAAGGUGAUCGUCAACGUGGUGUUGUUGCCAGUGUUCGACUCGCUCAUGCUCAACUCCUUCGCCCUCCAACUGGCCGACAGCGGCAUAGUGGACUCCAUGAUGUACGAGAUGGACGUCGACGGGUGCCCUGAGGACGACGCCUUGCGCGUUGCCUUCAAUAUUCCUCAUCGUGGGGCUCCUGUGGUUGCUGCUAAUGAGGGUACUGGCAGUCAUGGCUGGGAUGGUCGUGCUCUCCUUCGUGAUGGAGCUGGCGGUGGAGGCGUUGAGGCUUUACUUGCGGAGCUUCUCAAGCCCUUGGCGGACGCGCAGAAGAACUUCCAGAAUACGCUCGAGCGGAGUUUCGGUUCGCAUGGGCUGUCCUCUGGUGCUGGCGCAGCCCCCGCGCGGAUUAUACGUGAGAUUGUAUGGCAUGAGGAGGAGUACGAGGAUGACGGGCCCAUGAUGCCGCUCGCGGAGCUCUGCCAGCACCACGCUUGGCCCUUGGAAUUGUUCGUGGGUCGGUUCGUCACUCUCCUUGGCGGCCCCUGGAUUGGUCGCGUCGCGAAGAUAUCUGGCAUUUGCGAGGGCGCUGUCUGCUUGGAGGUGUACCCCGACGAUGAGCGUCCAGAGGCGGACCCGAUGAUCGUCUACGAGUGUGGCAACCCCGCGAGUACUCCGCAGUGGGACGGCAUGAUGGUGGAGAAGAUAACCGCCGGCCGCGGCGCCGUCGCGGCGCCCCGCCGCCCCCCCGCCACCGCGCGGCGCGCUGCGGCGCCCGCGCGCGUGCACCCGUGCGGGCGGCGGCUGCAGGCCGGCGGCGAGGGGCGCCGCGCGCAGGCGCCGCUGCGAUUCCUCGGGCUCGAUUCGAGGUCGCUCGAUGCCUCGGAGGAGGGGAGCAUGCGGAUGUUCUCGGGCGCAAAGGCGUCCAAGUCGGCGGCAGGCAAGCAAGUCAUUCCCACCAGCCCCACCGAGCAGGAGAGCAGCUCGUGCGCGAGCUCGUGGGGCAGCAGCUCGAGCAGCUCGGGCUGGGCUGCAAGGCGGGCGCGCUCCUGGACCGCCUCGAGCAGGUGGAGGCCCGCCUCGAGAGAGCGGAGGCGCUGCUGCAGGAGAGACGCCGUGCCGAGACCCUCGUGGACUUGGUCAUCGCGCCAAAAGUCGACGGUGAGUUCACCGGUCGUCCCGUCCCAGCUGAUUUUCGAGGACAGCCCCGCCGUCAUGAAGGAGGCACUCUUUGCGUCAAGGUCGCGCUCGCCGCGGGACACGCACGUCGCCCUCUACACCGAGCGCGGCUCCCCGGCCGUCGUGGAGACGUUCCUCAAGGACGGCAGCUGCUUCCGCACGCUGGAGCCCCCGGAGAUGAUGCCCACGCCCCGGAGCCUCAGCACAGGCCCCUCCGCAUGCCCCGUGAUGGGCUGCGUGGUGCCCCAGCCCCGCGCGGGCGAGGACGAGCCCCUCUGCGAGGAGCCCCCGCCGACCAGGUCUGCGAAGCGGAUCUCGGACAUCCCGGUGGUGCCGCGGCUGAGCCUGCCCAGCCUGCCGCCCUGCCAGAAGCUGCGGACCGACCUGUCGGGACCCAAGUGGGGCGUCCCGCAAGACGCCUUCUGCGACGAGGCAUCCAGCCAGGCGGACACGGAGCACCUCAACGACCCUGACAUACCCAAGCCCGAGGUGGAGGUGCCGAGGGUCCAAGGGCGGGCGCCGCCCUGGGACCGGGAGCCCGACGAGGGCAGCGUGCAGGACAACACCGCGGCGUGGCUGUGGCAGGUCGACCUCCCCGAGGGCGAGGAUGGGUAUGGAACAGGCGGCCUCGGCAUCGAGGUGCAGCGCAGGGACGACCUGGACCGGCUGGUGGUGAUAUCGGUGAGUGAAGGUCGCGUGGCUAACUGGAACAAGGCGAGGCCGCGUCGCGUACCGCGCGUGGAGAUCGGCGACAUGAUCGUUGGCGUCGGCGCUUGCCAGGGCGGCGCCGCGCAGCUCUUCGAGCAGCUGGGGCGGCAUGGGGGCGCGGGCUGGCCCACCCUGUCGCCGAGCGGCCGCUCCGAGGGCGCGAGGGACCAGUCUACACAGACAUAA